UAAAUGACAGCUCGCUGUUGUUGUUCUCUUUUCACUCAGCGUGUGAGAAAGCUAAGAGGCGCUCUGCCAGCACUACAUGAAUAAACAGGCAGGUGUUGGCGCACACAUUUAAUUCUAACGUUAGUUGUUCGGCGUUUUUCGUCAGCAAACGUGCAAGCCAUUUUUUAGCCGUCCUCCUCCUCCGCUACAUUAGCUUAGCCCGCUAGCACCAGCGACAUUAUGGCAUGCGUGUAAAUGGGAGAGCUCUUCCUCAUUGCGUUCACCAUAAAGGGCAGUUCUGCUUUCAGUAUCUAACUUAGUGGAUGAUAAGUCCUCAGAGACUUUCCGUUAAAGGCUCACACACUGCUAUGGAGCCGUCCGCGGCUAUGGGCUGUAUGAACAUUGGCAGUCUGACCAGCACCUUGCCGGUGAUCCCCUACCAGAAGCUGACAGACCUGUACUACCUGAGCAGAGGAGGCUUCGGCACCGUGUUCAAGGCGCAGCACUCCGACUGGAGGACCACUGUGGCCAUCAAGUGCCUGAAACUCGACUGUCCUGUUGGAGAAAGAGAGAGGAACUGCCUGCUGAAGGAGGCCGAGGUGCUCCACAAAGCCAGGUUCAACUACAUCAUCCAGAUCUUUGGCAUCUGCAAUGAGCCCGAGUUCUUCUGCAUAGUCACGGAGUUUAUGAGCAAUGGCUCUCUGGACCUGUUGCUCCACGAGAAAGACAUGUAUCCUGGGCUUGCUUGGCCAUUGCGGCUGAGGAUCCUGUAUGAGAUCGCCCUGGGGGUUAAUUUUCUUCACAACAUGAACCCACCCCUCCUACAUCAUGACCUAAAGACGCAGAACAUACUGUUGGAUGGGGAAUUUCAUGUUAAGAUCGCAGACUUUGGCCUUUCAAAGUGGCGGCAGCUGUCCGUCAGUAAAGGCUCAGGGUCCAAGCCCACAGAGAUGGGGGGCACGGUGAUCUACAUGCCCCCAGAGAAGUACGAACCAUCAAAGAGCCGCCGGGCUGACGUGAAACACGACAUGUACAGCUAUGCCAUCAUUAUGUGGGAAGUGCUGUCAAGGCAGAUUCCAUUUGAAGAGGUGACCAACCCCAUGCAGAUCAUGUUCAGUGUGCUCCGUGGGAUGCGUCCUGACACGAGUCGGGACAGUCUGCCUGCUGAUAUCCCCGGCAGAGAAACCCUCAUCAGUUUAAUGACCUGCGGCUGGACCGCUAACCCUGAUGAACGACCUUCCUUCCUCAAGUGUUUGAUUGAGCUGGAGCCCAUGGUGAGGAAGUUUGACGAAAUCGACUUCCUGGAGGCCGUGUUAGAGAUCAAGAGGUCAAAGUUGCUGCGGAGGCCCAGCUGUUGUUCAGCCCAGUCAGAGAGUGAAAAGAGGAGCGAGGAGGGAUCAUUGAACACUCUGAAGGACAGGCCCAGUCCCUGGCUGGAGAGCUCCACCUCAGGCUCAGGCUCGGGCUCCUGUUCCUCCGCGGACACAGACAUAUCUCUACCAGGCCCCCUCACCAGCAGCAAUGCAACGCCUUCUAGAGAGGGCCCUCCAUCGUCAUUUUUAGCUCAUAAUCUGGAGUCUCCUGAGUCUUUGAAGGACCCCUGCGGAAUGAACAAUCUGAACGGCUACAUGAGUGCCAGACCCAUGAACAUCAAACCAGAACCGCCUGUCAGUGAAUAUGCCACACAGCUGAAUAACUUCCCCCUCAAGCCUCACCAGCAGAUACAAGCAGAUUACUCUCCUCCGUUGCAGCACUCCCCUCCAUCACAAGGUCCGGUUGCUCAGUGGAUUGCGUCGCGUCGCGAGGAGAUCGUCGCCCAGAUGACGGAGGCCUGUGUGAACCAGAGCUUGGACGCCCUGCUGGCCGCCACCAUGCUGAUGCGGGAGGAUUACGAGCUGGUCAGGACCCAGCCCACACGCACCGCCAAGGUCCGCCAGCUUCUGGACCACUGUCACCGACACAACGAAGACUUCUGCCGCAUCGUCGUCCGCAAGCUGCGUGACAAUAGGCAAAUGGGUCUGCAGCCGUUCCCGUCUGAAAUCGGCUCCCCUACCCUCGUCCCCGGCGCACCGCCGCUGACCAUGUCCUACAAUAACCCCAGGAACAUGUAGCAGCAGUCACAGCAAAACAGUGGAAACAAUCCAGAUUAUAAACUGUGCCAACGUUACACUACAACUCUCUCUGGUUUCGCUGUCGUCGAGGUGGUUACCGUGGUUUCUGUCAGUCUUUCUCUCAAAGAGGAUCGCUGGGUGAGCGAAAAGAGUCACAUGUACAAAACUAACCUAUUGGCUUGGAACAAAAUCCACUCACAAGAGACAAAAAGUUGUAUUCUGUAUAAUCUGAAAAGAUUUUGACAGAUUUUGAUUUUAUUUAAAAAUGUUAUGAAUAUAAUGAGGUGAUUUAGUUAUAAUCCCUUCGUUCUGAGUGGAUGUAUCGCAGCGUUUCUCUCCUUUCGGUACGUUAUGCUUUUGUCUUCAAAGCUCAGUUACCAUUAUGUUAAAGUGUAUUUAUGUAGCCCAGUAUUCUUUAUGUGUGCGUGCCUGCAUGCAUGCAUGCAUGCGUGUUUGUGUGCAAACAACCUCGACACACUCAGUUGAUCUGAGUAAGUGACAGGAGAACUGUUAACAUGCUGGAAAACCUACAGCCAAAAUUAGGUUUAUUCCUAUUAAAGCAAUCUUGUAUCAUGUAGUCACAGCAGGUGAACUGCUCUGAUAGCAGAGAGCGAGUGUGUGGCCCUCACAGUGUCUUUGUAUUAGAGCGGAUGACCUAUAUUCGUACGAAAGGUAUUUGUCCCUGGCUAGGCUCCCCUCUUUUUCUUUUUUUCUUUUUUUACUGCUGAGCCAAAGAGAGUAGCAGGGGCAUGGAGUAAAGAGGAAGUUGAGAUUGAAAUAUAACUCUCAGAAUGACUGGGACGUGUGUGUGUGUGUGUGUGUGUCUGUGUCUGCAUGUCUGUGUCCAGAUUAAAAUGUGGACCAAAGUGAUCUGAUCUUUUGGUCUUUUAGUAGCGGCCUCACCUCUCAGUGUUGUUAAUAUUUUGUUCACUUCAGACACUUCGGACUCAUCUGGAUACUUCCAGAGUUACAGUUUAUCCACAGACUUCACAUAUUUGAUCAAACCUGCUUUUACUGUAGCAACCUUUAGUUUACUGGCUUUUUAAGCAGCCACUGCUCACUUUAUCAAUCUUGACUCAUCCAACUUUUUCUACUGUAACCGUGCUUCCUAAUCUGUCAAGAAAACACUCAUAUUCACAAGAAGACCGUAGCACCAGUUUGUCUUUAUAAGUAAAAUUGAAUAAUACAUUUUUUGUCAUUACUUCAUUCAUACAGACAUUUACUGUAUGUUUUUGUGCCAAAAUGCAUUGUAGGUAAGAAAAGAAUGACACAAUUGUUACUAUUUGCCCUCCUUACAGCCAUGUUUGUAUAUAUGUGUGUGUGUGUGUGUGUGUGCUAGGAAUGCAACUAACAAUGAUUUUCAUUGAUUCAUUUGACAGUUAUUUUCUCAUGGAAAAAUGAUUAGACCACCCUUGUUUUGUCUAAUGUCUAUUUGUUUGGCCAAAUAUAAUGAUAACAACAAAAAUAGGUCAUAAGAGUUUAAUUUAAGAGAUGAUAUCUAGCCAUUUUCCAUGGUUUUCUUAAUAAUGAUUUUGGUUAUUAUCAAGAAAACCUGUAUAAAAAAAUAUGUAAUCAUUUCCAAAAUUGUUUUUAGAAAUAUUAUGCUUCCCUCCGUAUUUGUUGGCAUGUUGGCAUUUAAUUGGCAGUAAUUUAACAGCCCCAUAAAUUACGUUGCUCAUAAAUCUGAUGAUUCAUGAAUGAAUCACCAAAUUUAAAUUGAGGAUUGUGUUCAAAGAAGUCAUAAAAUAAAGUCAUAAAAACAACAGACAUUUAAUGCUGCAUGCGAAUACUUCAGUAGAAGCUUCAUCUGUAAAAAGAUGACACUCAGUACAGCCCUAAUCAAAAUAGUUGCACAUUAGUUUUCUUUUAAUGUAUUGAUUGAUCAUUUCAGCAUCGGUGUGUAUGCUGUACGCAUGUUUGCAUCUCAUUAAUGGCCUUACUGUCUUCAUCACUGCCGUCACUUCCUCCAAACAGGUGCUUAAAUUACAAUAUUGUGGCUUUGUCAUUUAUCGUAGAGUAACCUGUUUUGUUCCCCAUCGUGGGUGCAAAGGAAUUUCAGUUCAGUAAAGUGAGAAAUGAGCCACAGCAGGUCAUUCUUAGUAAGACACAUUGUUAUAAGAAAUCACACACAGUUAAAUCCUCACAUUUAAAUGACUCCAGGAAGGCCGAGCGAGGUGGAUAUGUUUCCAUAAUGUUGGACUUGUAUUGCCUUGUCUUUGAUAACCGUGCCUCACGUUCUGCUUUUGGUCUCAACUAUAGAAACAUACAAAAGCCUUUUUCACACAUAUCAAGAAAUGUUGAGUAAAAAUGCUACAAAUUUGGUAGCUUGAAUAUGUUGUAACAUAUUUUGUACCGUAGAUGAUAGUUUCAUCUUUUUUUAUACACAUUUUCAUUUGUGAUCUCUUGUUAAAAAUCCAUGCUUUGUUUUUAUGUUAAGUGAUGAUUUCAUAUCGGUAGAAACGCCUUCUGCAAAAUUCCCGCCUCAUUUUGUGCCCAUGUCAUUAUCAGUAUCAGUUGUUUAAACAAUAAUAUAAUAUGUUACAUAGAGUUCAGUUAAUGUGUUUCAACCCAAACAAGGAUUUUUCACAUAUUGUAUCAAACUCUUCAUUAAAAUGGAUACUCUGUUUUUA